UAAAUUAAUUUGCAUACCACAAUAUAUGUAUAUAAGCAUUAUACAUUUCAAGGUAAGUAUAUAUGACAAAUUUUCAAUACACGCAUAUUGUUCACAUUUAUAAAUACCUCUCAUCGACCAUUGUUGGGCAGUCAAUUUCAUACAUCAAUCAAGUGCAGUAUUUAUAUACGCGAUGACAUUAAAAAUUAAAUCGAUAAAUAAUUAAUAAAAAUAAAAACAAUUAAUCAAAUAUCAAUAUUCUCGUUUAAAUACAAAUGGUGUAUCUUAGAUAAUCGAAACGAAAAAAAUAUCGAAAAUGAAACUCAUAGAGAUAUACAAUUACUAUUGGAACGAGAAAUCUGAUACAAGAACAAAUAAUUUACCAUUAAUGGGAUCACCCAUCAUUAUUCCUGCCAUUAUAUUAUCAUACUUGUACUUUGUCCUAAAAUAUGGUCCACAAUUUAUGAAAAAUCGAAAGCCGUACAACCUGAAAACUUUCAUUCAAUGGUACAACAUCUUUCAAAUCAUCGCCAACGCGUAUCUGGUGCAACAAAACAUAAGUGCAGGUUGGUUCUCCGAGAUAAGCGUGUACUGCGAAUUGCCAGAUUAUUCGUAUAAGCCUGGUCCAAUGAAGAUAGCUUAUACAAUGUGGUUAACGACAAUGUUGAAAUUGAUCGAUCUCGUGGAGACGGUGGUGUUCGUGUUGAGAAAGAAACAGGAACAAAUAUCAUUUUUGCACGUGUACCAUCACGUGUCCACGAUCCUUUUAAUAUGGUUCAUGACGAAAUAUUAUGCUGUUAGCAUGACCUCGUUCGGUAUUUUGAUAAAUUGUACCGUACACGUGAUCAUGUACACGUAUUAUUAUUUGACCACGCUUGGGCCGAAUAUGCAAAAAAUGAUGUCUUCGUAUAAACCAAUAAUAACGUCGGUGCAAAUGGUCCAAUUUGUUAUUUGUACACUGUAUGCGUUACAAACAUAUUCUCCAUCCUGCCCUGUACCGAAAGCGCCAGUUAACGCCGCAAUCUUUCAAAUGAUCAUGAAUUUCUUACUUUUCUUCAAUUUUUAUCGGCAGAACUACAUAAAAUCGAUUCAAAAGAAACAUUGAAUCGCGUUGAACGAAUAUUUUCAACAAUUAGACAGGAAUAUACGGUGAAAUAUUCCACCGUAAGUGUGGAAUUAUCAAUAAAGUUUAGAUAUGUAUCGUAUUUAUCGAUAAUAUGCGUGUAAGAUAAGAAAUAUUUGUAAUAAUAAAAAAUAAGAGAAAUGUUAAAGUUAUUUCGAAAUUCAAGGAAUCGUAAGUACCAUAAGAUACGUUACCAAAAUAAAUUAUUUUAUGCACAAGUGAUGAUUAUUCAAAGAUAUUAAAACGAUAAAAAAGAAAUUGUAUAAGCGCCAAUAUUAAUACGAACUAAAAUAAAAUGUACCUGUUUUGAUUUAAUAAAAAUAAAUUAUAUGUUAAUCUUUGAUAUAUUAAUUUGAUAAAUUAACAUAUCAAAGAUCUUUAAACGAUUGAAAUAUACAAAAUGUAACCUAUAAAA